AUUUUAUUUAUUUUAUUUUCUCUUUUCUGUGUGUGCCUGUGCCUGUGUCUGUGUCUGUGCCUGUGCCUGUGUGUGUGUGUAUCUUUAUAUUUAUAUAUCUUUUUUUAUUUUAUUUUAUUUUAUUCUAUCCAAGCUGGGAUACUUGAACCCUUGAGCCAAGCAGAAUAAUAUUAAUAAUAAUAAUAAUAAUAAUAAUAAUAAUAACAAUACAACCUCUGUUGCAAUGACUUCACCAAAGAGCAUCCUCAAACAACUUAACCCCUCAAACCCAAUUGGAUUACAGUCAUCUUCAUGGCUCUCUCGCAUUCAAUCCAAGAUAUACUCAACUCCUCUCGACGAUCCUAACGCCGCAAUCACCCUUCCGAGACAAGAACUAAAAAGGGUCACCUUUUCGGUCAGCAAACUCACUUCAGAGCGUAUUUUUUACUCUGGAGACGACGUCCCCGAAGAAGAUUCCACUCAGACAGAUCUCAAGGAAGCUACCCUUGCAGAUGAGGACAUUAAACUCGACCCAAGUCAGGAACUUCCAAAGUACUACGAAAAAGCCUGUCGUAUGAGAGAAGAGCCCGUACUAGACCGUUUCCUAGAUGUUCUACGCUUGAAUUGCUUUACACGAUUAACCGCCGUAGAUUUAUCCAACAAGGUCAUCGAUCGCCACCAGGC